CACAUUACACAAGAACUUUAAGAAAAUGUCUGAAGUCAAACAGGAAGCUCACAAUGAGGAAUCAUCCAACAAUAACUCAACAAAUGGAACACCCGUAACCAAUGCUAAAAAAUUUAAAGGUGUCAAAGUCAACUGUGGAGAGCUGCGGAAAUACCUUUAUGGCGUUGAAAUCUACAGACAAGCUAGCAUGUUGCGCAAAGGCAGAGAGGUACACAAGAUAUAUGUAGAUGUUCACAAAGGGGUCAGUUUUUUGGAUGACCGAUUCUCUUUGACAGAAUUUGGGAAAAUGGUUCUAGAAAAUGGAAGUGUUCGUGCUGGGAGAGCCCGCAAUGUUCGACAGAUAGUAGUUGCAAGAGAGACAUUAUACUGCAGUGGAACCGGAGGCUGCAAAAGAGCUUGUGGUGGUUAUGGCUGUUGUAUAUCAGGUGGGUGCAAAGCAGCUUUUUAACCCAAAAUAAUAUUUCGAUAUAAUGCUUAUAGUAGAAAUUAUGCAAAUAGCUAUUUCUUUCUUAACAAAAUUAGAAAUUAGUCUUGAAACUCGUACAUUUUUCUAAACUGCAUGUAGGCAGUUUUUUUAGAUUGAUUUUAUUUUGUUUUAAAAUACAGUUUUUAAAAGUUAGUUAUCUUAAUUUUUAUUUUCUAUCCUUAGGAUGUGACAAAAUCAAAGUUCGUGGUCACAAAUGCAGUUUUCGAGUUAAGCUGACAAUGCGAUUAGGAUUUGUAGAUCACUGGUUUGUUGAAAUACUUGGCAGUCAUAACUGUUACAUAGAUGAUGGAGAUCCUCCAAAUGAUAUGGAUAAAAUGCUGGCCGACUAUGAAGCUAAGUUUAGUGAUAGUGAGGACAGCUAUUUUAGUAACUCUCAGCGAGCUUCACCUUUAGCAGAUGCCACUACUAUGCUGGCUGUUAGUCAGAAUGGUGCCUCUUUUCUUUCAUCAAACUCAUCCCCGCCAACUCAUUCCUCUAUUCUGCUUGGACAGGCCCAUUGCCCAUUAAAUGUUCCAAUGUUUCCAGAAUCUUAUCUUAUGACUGUUGCCAGAAAUGCUGCUGUUGCAAUGACUAAUGGCAAUGGCCUUGCGAGAGGCCAGCCCUCACCUUUGAGUAUUUCUAUUAAACAAGAGAGAUCUCUAACAGAUAUAAUGUUACCAGAGAUUAUGAACGGCCUACUUCCUCCCCCAUCGGUGAUUCCUCGUUUUGGAGCAAUACCAGCAUCUUCGUCCUCUCCGCCCACUGGGGAUAAUGGGCACAGCCCAAAUACGCCCAUCUCUGAUGUUAUGGACCUGUCUACACCCAAGAUAAAGAUUGAAGAUUCUCCUCGAGAUCUAACGGUGGGCAGUGCAACAAGCAAACUCGUUCCAUCUUUGAAAUCUUCCAACUUUUGCAGCAGCUCUGGCUAUAACAACAUGACUGCAUCUCUAAGCAAUGAGAAAAAUCACAACGACACCUCUUACUUAAACAAAAUCAACAAAAGUACAGCCAACAGGAGCACUUGCUCUAAUAACAUUCCAUAUUCUCCUGCCACGCCUUCCUCAGGGUCACCCAAGUGCAUCUUCAACUCCAUUCCUUCAUCAACUCAACUGAGAUUCACAUCUUCAGCACCCGUGGUGUUUCCUGCACAUUCCGCAUCUAUAUCAACGACUAGCCGAUACCUUAAGGGCAAUUUCAGAAGCCUUAAACCGUUCCAAAUUCCACAACAUGCUGCAGCUCUAGAAGAUAGUCCAACGUCCAUUUGUGCUGAAGACAGCCUCUCUGAAGUAGGCACAAACACAGAAGAUAUAGAAAAUGACUCUGGGGAAAUCUCUGAGGAAGGAGAGUUAGACAAGGUAGAGGAAGGUGGUUGGGUCUGUUGAUUUCCCACUUUGGUUUUGUGGUGCAUCUUGAUUUAUUAUGUUAAUUUUAUUUUUUUUGUGUACCUUAUCCCCAACCAUGGCUGUGUUUUAUUUUUACUCUUAACACAUUGGUGGAAAGAUGAUGAGCAGCUGUUCCAAACCUUAGCAAACUGCCUAUUCAGCAGUUAUUUUUCAUAUAUCAGCUAAACAAACUUUCUAUUUUAUUACUGGUUAAUUUUGUAAAAUAAUAGUUAAAAAUAAACUUUUAUGCUUGAAGCAGAAAUUAUUUGUUUAAAUGGUCAUGUUUUUUCUUAGUGAGUUUCUGGUUUUCUUUAAAGUAACUGAAGUUAAGAAAAAAAUUUUUUUUUUAGCAUGUCACAGGUAUGAGAACCACUGCUCAAUCAUUUUUCAGUCAGAAACAAGAUUUGAUGUAUUUGCAUGCUUACUAUUCCAGAAAUGUUUUUAUUUUCACUUGGCUAAGUCUUUGGUUUGGUUGUCUCCGGUGCAUGGUCUUGUAUUUUAAAAUGCCCUUUUUCCCCCUUGGACUUAAUUGUGUCAUUUUUUUUUCACAAAUUAAAAGCAAAGCAAAUAUUGUUAAUAAUGGUGUUGGAUGCAACUCAGAUUUUAAAUAACAGGCAUAUCCCAUUAUUUCACAGGUUACCAAUUGAGCCUUGAAAAUACAUUUAGCCCCAAGAAAAUCUUUAAAAAAAAGCAAAUAUUUCAUUUUGUUAAAGGGAACUACAGAAAAUGAACUAAUCACUGCACAUAAAUACCAGGGUGACCAAGGUGAGGCUCAUGUACUUCAGUUGUGUGGCCUGCAAAUCAUACUUUUUUAAGUGUUGACAAUAAUGGUAGUGUACAAAAAAAGUAGCCAAUAAAUGUGAAAAAGUUAUGAUUCAAGUGACAGUAUAGCUAAGCUAUGAUAAAUGGGGUAUGCCUCUAUCAAACUUUGAAAUUUUCAUCAAUGCCAGAAGAUAAAAAUAAUAGUUAUUGGGUUGCAUGCAGGCUUAAUAAUAUUGCUGCUCACCUUGCAUGGUUUACACUUUAGGUUUGUAUGUGUUAUUAACUUUUACUGAUAAAAUUUGAAUAUUCCAUUUCAAAUUUGUAAUAAAAGGUUUGAAAAUAAAAGGAGAUACAAUGAAAAUAAGUGAUUUUUAAAUAUUAAACACCUGGUUAACCAUUUUAAUGGGGACACUUUCAUUGUUCUAAUAAUGAGCUGAAUAAGAGAACCCAGAUUUUGGAAAACCAUAUUCCAGUCAAGACAUGGUGUUUUAAUCAAUUUAGAUUUAUGGUAAGGAUAAACAUGUCAAUGUCAUUUUAAUUGUGUUAAUUCACUCUCCAGAACGUUUUAAUUCUCUAAAUGAUUAGUUCUACAUUAUGCCUGCAUAACCCAAAUUUUGUUGACAUGAUUCUUUUACAGCUGUCAAAAUAGAUUUGCGAACAGUGUGUCUUCAAUAGUUAACAUUAUGUACACAUAUAACUAAACAGUGUAUCUAAUAUUUUGAGGGCAGCUUGAAACAUAAAUACCAGUGUAGUUUUUUGUUUUUUCCAAUUAUUUUUUUCCUAUCAUUUCUUUAUUUCUAUAAUAAUUUGGUUAUUUUAAAAAAGUUUUUCUCAGCUUAAUCUAUUGGGCUACACAGCCAAUACUCUUUUUGAUUAUAUAUACAGGAAUUGGUUGAAUUCUCUUAUGCUCCAAAUAAUGCAUGAUGAUUAAUUAGCACAUUGCAUUUCAUUUUCAACAUCUUGCAUGUUUGCAUGCUUUCCAAAAAUGCUGUUAUGCUGUGAAGGGAAUCAUGCAUUUUGUUUUUAAAAAACUGUCAAGCAAUAAUGUGAAUGUUCAGAAUCCCUAAAAUGUCUUGUUAAAAAGCAUGCAAUGGUCUUUCAAAAAUUAUAUUGAUUUGUGUCAGAGCAGUGAUUUUCAUGCUGGGACUUUUUUAAAAUUAUAAAUCUGUUUAACAUUUGUUGAGGACAUUUUAAAAGUGCAAAAGCAUCAAUUUAUUCAUAAGCAUCCUAACGCUUGACGUUCAAAUCAUGACAUUCAUAAUAACAUAAUUAACCAAUUUAAAAUAAUAAUAGGGAGAUGGUUACUCGUGUUAUUGCGACUGCCUCAUUAAAUAAUGACAAAUGCUGCAAUUAUUUUUAGGUAAACUUUUGGAUAUUUGGUCAAUGAAAUUAAGAGGAAUAGCUUAAUUAGUUAGUAUAUUUUUAUAAAAAAAAAAAAUUCAAUAGAAGGCUAUGAGGCACUUCAGUAUCUGCUCUGUUUCACCUAUACGAGUCUAUUGUCCCUUUUUAUUUCCGAAGGGAAGUGCAUAUGAACAAUAGUUAUCAUUUAUCACUCUUUUGUUGCAACAUAGAUUUGCAGUUUUAAUAGUUACCCAGCGGCUUAUUGAUAAUACUCCUAUUCAAGUAAUUUGAGUUUGCCCAUGAAAUUUGUUUAAAAAAGCACUGGUGGACAAAGAUGACAUUCGACUAUUUUUUCAUAUUAGUCACUUGUGGAAUGAAGCAAAGUGAAAGUACAUAAUUUUGAAUAGUAUUAGUUAGAAAAAUGUAUCAUCUGAAAUGUUCAGCUUGAACUUGAAAAGGGAAUAAAAUAUCAGACCGUGAUUACAAAUCUAUUAUAUCUCUGACAUUUAUUCCUGAACUCCACCACUCCUCGUUUGUCUUAAUAUUGUUUUUUUCUUUCUGUUUUUAGGACCUUAUCAACAGAGUUCAGCAGCUAGAGGCCCAUGUCACUCAGCUAAGGAAUAUUGUACUGAAGCAAGAUGACACCAGCACUGCCAGCACUGAUAGUCAGUGUCGACGUAAGCAACAACGUGAAUUUGAUUUUAAAAAGUGAGUUUUUUUAAAUUUUUACAAAUUUUCUGAAAUUUUUCGAGUUGUUUAAUUACUACACAAAACUUGACCGUGUUGAACAUACUUAGUAAAUUAUUUUAAUUUUGGUCAGAAGUAAAUUAUUUUAAUUUUGGUCAGAAGUAAAUUAUUUUAAUUUUGGUCAAGACAUGUAUUGAAGUUAAGAACCAAACCAAAUCAUGAAUAAAUUUAAAAAAAAAAAAAAUAACAUACUUAGUAAAUUAUUUUAAUUUUGGUCAGAAGUAAAUUAUUUUAAUUUUGGUCAGAAGUAAAUUAUUUUAAUUUUGGUAAAGACAUGUAUUGAAGUUAAGAACCAAACCAAAUCAUGAAAAAAUUUAAAAAAAAAAAAAAAGGAGGACCUUACAAAAAGGCUCAACAAAAUUAAAUGUAUAUCAUAAUAAAAAUGUCAUGAAAUAGAAAACACAAAAAAAUAUCAAUUUUAAAGCACACUAAGUGAACUUUUGUCUACUUUUCCUUUUACGUGAAAUAUUUGUAAUAUGUUUUCUUCAAAGGUGUAUAUUAUAUUUUUAUAUAUAAUUUUUGUUCAAUGACACUUGAAAGUAAAUGUUAUUCCUCAGUACAAUAUUUUAUUUCAGAUGUCUUAUACACAAAUUUACCGCUUAUAUCUUCUAAGCCAGAGUUUUGUCGUUCCAAAAUAAUUGUUCCCCCUAUUUGUUAGCAAAGACUUGUUAACAGCAGAUGCACUCAGUGUUUUUUGUCAGGCCUCAGUUCAAGAUUUGACAUAUCUUUUGCUUAAUAGUUAAUUCUUAAUAAAUGAAAAAGUACGAAAACCACUUGCAAAAGGUAUGCUUGUGAUACAAUAUUUUAGUAGUAGAAAGCUUAGCUUCCCAAAAUUGUUAAUUGGAUGUUUAUUAUCAUUUGUCUUAUGUGUCUCCAUUUGCAAUUAUUAUUAAAUUCUUCUGUUGCUAUGCAACAAAGUAAUCUAAGCUUACAGUAGCUUUUUUUUUUUUUUUUUUUUUUUUUUUUUUUUUUUUUUUUUUUUUUUUUUUUUUUUUUUUUUUUUUUUUUUUUUUUUUUUUUUUUUUUUUUUUUUUUUUUUUUUUUUGCAGUGAGACACUUAAUGAUCUACUGUUAAAUGAUACCCAGUUAAAAAUAUCUGACAUAACAAAAUACCUGUGCACCCUGGCACGACCACUCCAUCGACAACUCCAUCGUUGUACUAUAUAUCCAAAGCCUUUUGUUUUUUGUUUGUCAGUUACACAGAAUAAAGGAACUCAGCAUUCCACAUGGCACAGCUUAUUCAUUAUUAUUUUUUAUAUUCGUGCAAUGCAGGCUUUUAAGCUUUGUCUGUAACAUAUAAGAAAUUAUGAACUGACAGGUUUUUAUUUACAACCCUCAGAUACAACACCCGACACGUUGCCCUUAAGAUAGCAUAUCUUGGCUGGGACUAUGGUGGAUUUGUUGUUCAAGAAGACACAGACAAAACAAUAGAAUCUGCGAUUUUUGAAGCUUUACUUAAAACUCGAAUGAUUGAAUCAAGGUAUUAUAAUUAAUGAUAUGCUCAGAGCAUCUUUUUCAACAAAAUUUUAAGUUAAAGACAAUUUUUAACAAAAGGUUAUAAAACAACUUAAUUCCUACAGAUUAAAACAAGGAAGGGACAAAGACUUUACUUUUUUUUAUUGAAAUAAGAAGCAUAAAAAAAAAUGCACAUAGCUGUUUUGCUUCGAUGUUUAGAGAUAUAAAGUACUUCUAAAUUACAAUAACAGUUUAUUUUGUUUACAGAGAAACAUCCAGUUAUCAUCGGUGUGGUCGUACAGAUAAAGGUGUUAGUGCUUUAGGCCAGGUAUAAUCAAUGGGUUUAAUGGCUCCUUCAAAUUCAAGAACCUUACAUUUUCAUUCAUAUUAGUCUUAGUUAAGCUCAUAUGUUAGAUUUUGAGUGUUUGGUUUUAAUGAAGCAAACUUUGAUUUAAAUUCAUCCUCAAAUUAAUAGUCAAGAAAGUGUUUCAUUUUUAAAUUGUGUUAUAACUUUGUGUUAUUUUUUUUUUUAACUUGGUUUUCAUUUUUAAAUUUAUUUUAUAGGUUAUAUCGCUUGAUUUGAGGUCCAAUCUCCUAACUGGUGUUGGAGUCAAAGUUAGAGAGGGUGGAACUGCGCAUGCUCGAGGAGGUUUGUCAUGAUAAAAUAUUAUUGAAGUCAUAAAUCAUAUAUUUUGUAAAUAACAUUAAAAAAGCCAUCACAUAUAUUCUGAUGCUGUUUCAAAGUCAAUGUCUUAAAUGUUUUUGACCUUUCAUCUUGUAAAAUGUUGAAAAUACUUUUGUUUAUUUAAAUAUUUCUGGUAAACAAAUGACUUGCCGCUUUUGAUAAAUCUUAUUCUUGAAAGUUUUGUUUUACUUUUUUGUCCCCAUAAAAAAGUGGUCACUGCAACUUUUUAACCCAGUGAACCAUGACCUUUUGCAAAGUUGAAAGGAAAUUUUUCUUUUUUAGGAUCAUAUUUUCAGAAAUAUCUGUAAUUCGACAAAAUACUCUUGCCAAUAAUCAAAUCAGAUUUAUCCUAGUUUGGAAAAUAAUAGCAUUUUGAAUUUUCAUUAUCCAUGCUUGUAAUCAGGAACUGACUGGUGAUCAUAUCAUUGUUAUUAGCAAAACUAUUUUAAGGGUUAUUAUUAAAUGGAAAAACCAAAGUCCUGCGUCCAGUGAUCUAACAAUACUUCCUCUAGUAAUGUUAACAUCUAUCCCCAUAGAAUCUUUGAUUUUUAAAACUAGAUGUACUUUGUGUGACCCUGAUAACUAGGCACGGUCAUUAUGCAUUAUGCUGUGGCAUACAUUUUAAGCUAUCAAACUCACUAUUUUCUCAUGAGAGCAGUUGAAAAUAUUUGCAUACAUUCAAACAUUUUUGUUCAUGAAAUGUAUAUUACUUUAUCAGUCAGUCCUUGAUACACAGACACGUAAUUCUUUCUGAUUUAGAAAAAUAAUUUAAAGAAUUUAAUACGACCUUUCAGGAGAUACCACUACAGAAAUACGUUACGCACACAUACUUAAUAAAGUACUUCCUCCAGAAAUCCGAGUGUUGGCAUGGGCCCCAGUGGAUCCAGAGUUCAGUGCCAGGUUAGCCUUUUUAUUGUUUGAUAUUUUCUUGACAACCAAAGAUCAAAGAUUCUAUCCAAAGGAAAAUAACAUCUCAUUUACUUACAGUUUUUUUAAAAAUGAAGCAUAACCUACUCCAGUAAUAUGUGACCUGAUUUAAAAUUGGUGUUAAGAAUCUGAACACAAAUCAGAGGACGAGAAAUGACUUUGCUUUGUGCAGUGAAGCAUGUGGACUGGCCACUGUGUCCUGUAUAAAUCUAGACACUUUGUAGCUUGUGCUUAACUUUUUUUUUUUUCUUUCAACAAUUUUAUACAUGUAUAUAAUGUAAUCUUGAGAAUGUUGCCGGCCAGAAAGUAUUUUUGUUAAUAGUUCAAACAUUCUAUGACAUCUUUGCUCAUCUUAGUGUCUAAUUAUCUUUUGAUGGCAAUUGCUUAUUCAAUCACAUUUUAGGUUCAGCUGCAAGAAACGUACUUAUAAAUACUAUUUCCCAAAAGGAAACCUUGACAUACUGGUUCGUAUGAUUAGUGCAUUUUCUUACUGAAAAGUAGGGGAAUUUUUACUUAUAUAAUGCUUUAUAAAAUAUAGUUAUAUUAUAACAGAUUCUCUUUAAUCUCACCUAAGAUACUGGGUAAACAAUUGGUUAUCAUUAGACUUGCUGUUUACUUUUGAUCUGUAUUUAUAAGCAAAAAGAUAAUGCUCCAUAUUCAACUGUGUCAGUCUUCCUAUUUGUGUCAGACUGCCUAUUUCUGUAGAGCAGCGGUUCUCAACCUGUGGGUCGCGACCCCCUUGUGGGUCGCACGACCCCCUUGUGGGUCGCCCCACCCUUUCACAGGGGUUGCGUGAGACCAUCUGAAGACACAUACACUCCACAGUUAUAAAGUAUUAUCGAAAAUAAUUUUGUGAUUGGGGGUCGCCACAACAUGAGGAAAUGUACAAAAGGGUCGCGGCAUUAGAAAGGUUGAGAACCACUGCUGUAGAGUGUUUUUGGAUCAGUCUGCCUAUUUCUGUACAGUGUUUUUGUGUCAGACAGCCCAUUAAUGUUCAAAGUUUUUUGUCAGUCUUGCUAUUUCUGUACUGUGGUUUUGUGUCAGUCUUCAUAUUUAUAAUUUCAGCGCAUGAAUGAAGCUGCCACAAAGCUACUAGGAGAACAUGACUUCCGUAAUUUGUGUAAAAUGGAUGUUGGUAAUGGUGUGGUAAAUUUUGUCAGGAAAAUCAUCAGAGCUGACGUCACAAUAUUAAAAGAGUUGUAAGUCCUAAGAAAUUUUAAAUAAAAAGUUAUUUAAAAACUGUACAUGACCACAUCAAUAUAUUUAUUAGCACUGAGAUUUAUAAGAGUUUAUUUAUUAUUUUUGAAAGGAUCUAUCACUUAUUUUAGUUGAUUUCUAACUCUGAUUGACUUACUAUGAACUACAGGAAUUAUUGAAACUUUUUGUCUCUGCAGAGAUCAUGGAUAUUCUAUGUGUGAACUGACUGUAGUUGGCCAAGCUUUUCUAUGGCACCAGAUCAGAUGCAUAGUGUCCAUUCUUUUCCUAAUAGGUCAAGGGAAAGAGGAUAUCUCUGUAAGUAAUUGUCAUUUUUAAAAAAAAAUAAUUUAGAAUGGUUUUUUUUUAAAAAAUGUUUUUGUGUUAAAAUUUUUAAAAACCUAUACAGUAACAUUUAAGUUUUAAAAUUUAAAAAAUGGUUUAUAUCCUGGUUUAUUUAAUGUAUUAUUAUUUAAUGAAAGCCUACUUUCAUUAUUGUUGGGACAUUUAGGAAUGAUAAAACAUUGUUACAGUCAAGUCAGCUGUUAAAAUAACUUAAUGACCAAAUGUAUAUUUUAAUUAUAGAACAAAAAAAAAGUAUGUGUCUCACAACUUAACAUCGCUAAAAGAAAGCCAGAAAUAUGUGGCCAGUAUUCCUCAGGUUUUCUUAAGUGAGAGCUAUCAUCCCUGCCCCCAUUUUGUGUCCAUUGUGAAAAUGAUAAAAUGUUCAAUAAAGAUUUAUAAUCUGCUUUUGACUAGCUUAACUGAAUGCAAUAAAAUUGAUAGAACCAACCAAAACAUAUGCUGGUAAUUCAACCUAAAUUCAUUCAAUUCUCUAUUUCAAACAGAUAUUAGAAGAGCUUCUGAAUGUUGAAAAGAAUCCAAGGAAGCCCCAGUACACAAUGGCAUCUGGUAAUUUUUGUUUUUUUUGUUAUUGCUUAUCUGAUUAUAUUUUUUUGUAUCUUGUGUGUAGAAAAUACAGAUAAGUUUAAAAUAUUAAUUUUAUAAACUCAAUUACAGAAUAGAGAAAAACCAUGUAUUUGAAAAAAUGCUGGUUUACUAAUUUAUUAGGCGGUGUAAUGACAAACCAAGUAUAAAUUUUAAUUGUAUUUAAUGUUAAGUUAAACGAAUUAACUAUUUUCUGCUGUUAGGGACAUUUUGAUACGUAAAUAAUAUUUGAAUUGUUUGGCAUGAUAUAACAGGAUCUUUAAAAAAAAGAAAGUAGCAGUUUUUCUAUUCAAAACAUUCUGCUAUUUUAAAUUCAUGUUCUUUUAAUCCUCUGAUAGCACAAACACAAUCAGUAAAAAUGUAUUGUUAAAUACAGUUUGAUAAAUAUUGACAUUUACAUUUAACAUUCACUGAUGAUUUAUUUUUAAAUUAUUUUAAAAGUCGUGGAUAUUAGUGGUUAAAAAUAGGAUCAGAUAAUGUGAAAUUUUGUUGGUAACUUUUAUUACUUUACGUAGCUUGUUGGCAGUUUCUGGAUAAGUUCCUUAACUGAAGUAAAUAUAUUGUUAUCAGCUUGCUUUAAUUAUAUCUUUUAGUAUUAGUAAAAUGAAAUAAAACCCUUUCUGUUUUAGAAUUGCCUUUGGUAUUAUUUGAUUGUGACUUUGGAGAUGACCUGGAGUGGAUCUAUGAAGCUGGUAAAAUUAAAUCAUUAUUCUGUUAUUAAUCUUUUCUCAAAAUUUAUAUAAAAAAGAUAAGUUACUUAACUAUAUGAUUUGUCCUUGACAGUAUUUUACUUCUAUUUUGGUUACAUAUAUGUUCUGAAAUUUAUAAAAAUAUUAUUUUCUUCAGACUGGCAUGAAGAUAAUAUUCGCCACUUGCAAAUGAUGUGGGCUCAACAUACUGUCAAGUAAGUGGAUUGCACUUUUAUUUACACCAAUUUGAUUUAUACCAAAAUCAUUUAUGGGAGAUAUGUGAUAAGAAUUACAAUUUUAUAACAUCUUCAUUUUUUUUUUACAGAGCUACCAUGAUCAAAAGAAUGCUUGAAGAACUAGAUGUAGCUAAAGUUGAAACAGGUAAGGGGGGAACAAAAAGUGAUGUUAGAACAAAAUAUGUGAAAUGGUUAUCAAUUUUAUAAAACAAAUGCACUUGAUUACAUUGUUUAAAAAUUUAAAAAAAAUUUAAUUACAACUGUUUUUUGUUUUGUUUUUCAUCACUUUAUUUUCACAUCACAGAAUCUGAUAUUGCUCCUUGGAAUGAGCUUAGUGCGCCUCUAUUACAACAAUCUGAAUGGAUGAUACCAGGCAACAAGCCACGAGUGUACAAGCCAAUUUUAAAGAGACCUACCUGUGGUGAGUGUCGCUGUCUCACCAGACUUGCUAAAUUGAGAUGUUUAGUUAUUUUAAUGUGCUUAAGGUGUAAUCCAUGCAUGCUUUCCUUAUUUACAAGUCUUGUAUGUUUUUUUAUAUCAUUGUUAGAAAUCUUUAUUGUAGAAAUUAUCUAUUUAUCACCAUAAAUGCUCUCUCCUAAAUACUGGCGUAUUUUUAAAUUAGAAAUUUGUUUAAUUUAUUGUUGCAGAAAGUCUAGAAGAGCGAGUUGAGUAUUAUGCUAAAAGGCGUAAGCUGAAUGAAAAGGCAUCAAAUCAAGAGGAUACUAAAGAAGCAUCUUGAUAGAAUGAGCAGAAACUUUGCUACAGCAAGAUAUUCUUACCACCUAGUCAUGACUAUGUACUAACAGUUCAAAAAACAGUUGACCUGUUAAAUAUGACUUGAUGGGGUAUUGAUGACAUAAUAUUGCUUCAAGAUAAAUCUAGGAUCUGUUACCAGCAUUGUUGAAUAUUUACCUUUGAAUCUCUACAGUAUAUUUACAUGAAAUGUUCAAGAUGGUCAGCUCAGUUAAUAUUUUAAGGGAAAGGAGAUGAUAUUCUUAUAUUACAGUAUUUCAUUGAACCUUACUAUCAACACAAUGUGUUGCUGUACACUGUAAAGGUUGUUAAGAAAAAAAAAUUUAUUCAGAGCUUACCAGUUUUUUGUUUCCUUAAACCUCAUGUGCUAAAAGUAUUGGAAUUUUGUGAGUGGAUUUUUGGGCAAGAUAUUUGUGUAAAUUAAAUUGAUUCUUUGGGAACGGAUGAUUUUUUGGUGUCGAAGUGUCCUAACUUUUGAUUUUUUUUUUAAUGGUCUCAGGGCUUUUAAUCUAAAAUAUGGCCUGUCCUUGUACAGAAAUGACUAUCUAUUGCCUUUGUACAGUAGCAGAUUCAGUUUAAAAAACCCGUAAGGCUGGAGGGGCUGGAAGUCAUAAAUAGAGUUGUAGUAUGGUGGCUAAUCUCUUACAUUCUUAUAUUCCUGUCUUUCAAACUUAAAAUAUCCCAGGGGCCAGGACCUCUCCUCCUUCUGGAUCAGCUACUGGCCAUGUAUAGUUCAUUGCUUGAUGCUUGAGAAUGUGCACAUUGAUUUCACCCCUGUUGUUUGUACUGGUGAACAAGUCAUUCCUCCUUGAUGUUUAUAGAAAGAUACUUCCGCUCAUUCCACCACCUUUUGAUUUUCCCAUAAUUUUAUCUCUUUUUAAUUUGCCUGAUUUCUUAACUUAAAUGUGUUAAAUAUAUAGGAUGUACUUGAUAUCACUGCAUUCAAUUCUUUGUUAUAAAUUGUGUUUGUACUAUCAGCUGACUCCCAGUCAUGCAAAGGGGCUAAAAUAAAUAAAUUUCCAUCGGGAUAAAUAAUUAUCAAAAUUCACAAUAAAGUAUCCCUUUUACUAUGAUCAGACAAUUUUAUAAAAGUAAAUGUUUAAAAAAAAAAAAACACCACUACAUUGCAGUCUGCAGUGUCAACAUUACAUAAGAGAUUAGCAAUGGCUUAGAAUAGCUAAAUGUAAGAAUGUUUAAGGGCUGCUGAAUCAAUGAAAACAAUUGAUCAUUUUAAGUUGCCUUUGUUGAAUAUGCAGAAUAUUGAUAUUUAAGUAAAAGUAAUUUAAAUACACAUAAAAAAAGUUUAGUAAUUGAAUAUGGACAAUUUUGGGGAAAAAUGC